CAAGCACGACAUUCGCACUGCACAUCGGGAUCCACCAACACACCCACGGACAGUCGACGGCUCCUUUAAGAAAAACUAAGUAAGAAAAUAUCACCCCUCCUUCUUCAGAUCUCCACUUGGAUGGUAUUGCAUCAAAGAAAACCUUCACUGGAGUUGCAAGUGAUCGAGGACACGAUGGGGACUGUUUUUGAACAUCUACAUGAAUAUCUGAAGAAUUCCAAGUGAGGGAAGAGCGCGACGAGUCAUCAUUAAUUAAGCAACUUGACAACCUCGAUAUUGAUUGACAGCUUGCUUGUUGAGCGAGACUAGAGUAUCAAUGUUUUUUUUUCUUCUGUAAGGGGCAUUUUACACCAGUCUCAAGCGUGAAGUCGUAGCCGAGUGUCGCUUGUCUAUGAACGGUCUCCAGGAGAAAGAGAAGGAGCUCUGUACUGGAUUGUGGUGUUUUUAUCUACUGCUGGAUUUAUGCUUGCAGUCUAGCAACCACCCUCUCUGGAGAGACGAGCACAAUAUUCUUAAUCUUGCAUUUGGAGUUAGGUGUUUAUUUUCCCUCAGCCCUGGCCUCGUAGAAUACGUUUAGAGUCCGAUUGGAAUCGGCGAGAGUGACAGGCCGAUGGCGCAACGGUAUGAAGACCUUCCCCACUAUGGAAUGGACGGAGUAGGGCUGCCCUCGACUAUGUACGGGGACCCUCAUGCAGCGCGCUCCAUGCAGGCGGUUCACCUGAACCACGGGCCCCAGUUCCACUCGCACCAGUACCCGCACUCAACACACGCCAGUGCCAUACCGCCCAGUAUGGGCUCCUCCGUCAACGACGCUAUAAAAAGAGACAAAGAUGCCAUUUACGGGCACCCUCUUUUCCCACUUCUAGCUCUGAUUUUUGAAAAAUGUGAAUUAGCAACUUGCACGCCGAGGGAAACUGGGGUCGCUGGAGGCGACGUGUGUUCCUCGGAGUCUUUUAAUGAGGAUAUAGCAGUAUUUUCAAAACAGAUUCGAUCAGAGAAGCCUAUAUUUUCAUCAAAUCCAGAAAUUGAUAACUUGAUGAUACAAGCAAUUCAAGUAUUACGGUUUCAUCUGCUCGAGCUGGAGAAGGUACACGAGUUAUGCGAUAAUUUCUGUCAUCGAUACAUCAGCUGCUUGAAAGGAAAAAUGCCCAUUGAUUUGGUCAUAGACGACAGGGACGGUGGAAAUAAAUCUGACAGUGAAGAUUUUACAAGGUCGUCUGGGCCUCUUGAUCAGAUCUCGUGGAGCAGAGACCACGAUGACACGGCGUCAGUUCGCUCGGCGGGGACGCCCGGGCCCUCCAGUGGGGGACACACGUCACACAGUGGGGACAACAACAGUGAAGAAGGUGACUGCAUGGACAACGGGGUGGCCUCUCCCAGCACUGGGGACGACGACGACCCUGAAAAGGAAAAGAGGGAUCGUCACAACAAGAAGCGAGGCAUCUUCCCUAAAGUGGCCACCAACAUCAUGAGGGCGUGGCUCUUCCAGCACUUAACGCAUCCUUACCCUUCGGAAGAGCAGAAGAAACAACUGGCCCAGGACACGGGGUUAACGAUCCUACAAGUCAACAAUUGGUUCAUCAACGCGAGACGAAGAAUUGUACAGCCCAUGAUCGACCAGUCCAAUAGAGCAGUGACUGGAGGAGGGCCCUACACCCCAGAUGGUCAACCAAUGGGAGGGUUCGUUAUGGACGGCCAGACACACAUGGGAAUCAGACCACCUGGGCCCAUGGGUGGGAUGGGAUGGGUAUGGGUAUGGGCGUGGAGGGACAGUGGCACUACAUGUGACCCCUUGCGGACUUAGCACAGAGCCCAAAGGGACGCACUCAGAACUGCCAGGUAUUCCCGAGGACGGCGUGUCCCAUGGCGGUCGGAUCAGCACGGAUAUGGGCAUCACUCUGACCUUCACUGGUGCCCCUACCAUCACCUCUACCCUCACACCAACCACCCCCACCACUGGGGCAUGAUCUCUCAGUGUUGCCCCUCCCUCCGUGACUCUUCCGGGACCCAGCGAUAUCGAUUGCGCUGGUGCCCAGCCCAAACUCACCACCAUCACCUGACUGUUUGUCAGUAGGGCUGGUGCCCCCUCCCCCCUUUCCAACUUCCCCCAUUUCCUUCAAGUGGUUCAGUCUGAGUAGCCACUGUUGCUGAACCACCAUCGUGACUAUGAGAGGCCUUGGAAACCCUAUCAUGCCUUGUGAAGACUUCUGACGUUGUGAAGACUUCUGACGUUGUGAGGACUUCUGACGUUGUGAGGACUGAGGACUUCUGACGUUGUGAGGACUUCUGACGUUGUGAGGACUUCUGACGUUGUGUGGACUUCUGACGUUGUGUGGACUUCUGACGUUGUGAGGACUUCUGACGUUGUGAAGACUUCUGACGUUGUGAGGACUUCUGACAUUGUGAAGACUUCUGACGUUGUGAGGACUUCUGACGUUGUGAGGACUUCUGACGUUGUGAGGACUUCCCUUCUGGGGACUACAAUUACUGGAGCUCUCCAGUGGAUACUUCAAUACUCUGUUAAUUCAACCGAUACAAACAAACACUUAGUCCUUCACUUUUCCCCCCUCUGCUGCAUUGCAUGGACAGUUAUAGAGGGUGAAGACACUCUUGUCUUGGCAGUGGACUUGUAAGCAAGAGAAGAAGCCGAUGUCCGUAUUUGACUGGGGGGUCUUUUAAAAACAACAAACACCCCGGAAACCAUUCUUCUUCUUUUUUUAUAAUGAAAUUGUUGUAAUUGUGGAAAAUUACAAUAAGGUGAGGCAAUAGUGUCCUGUUUACAGUUUUACCACAAACUCUCUAUGGACGAGUAACGAUAACUAUUGCAAGUGCUCUGGUAUUGCUUUGCCGUACUGUGCUGUUUUUCAAAAAAAGGACUUGACUUGUCUAAUUCACACUAUGUGUGUGAGUCUUUUUUCAUAGACUUUUAUCUCCUACCCCCACGAAUCUCUUUGCGUUUGAAAAUAAAAAAAUAAGUUACAGGA